GGAAAGUGUAAAGUCGCGCCAACCAAAUUAUUUCUCCAAACACGCGGUCGAUCCAAGCAAUCAAUCCAUCGCAUUGAUGCAUCGACAUAUCUAACAAUAUACUAACCUAACAACCUGAACCCGAGUAAUUCAAAAAAAUAAAAUAGUAACUACUUGGUAGGUAAUAUACAUUCAUCACUUUAACAUCGAAAGCAUUCAUAAUCAACCUUUCACCGCUUCCUUUUUAUUUAUUUUAUUUUAAUUGCCUAACUAUCUCUUUUUCUUGACUUAUUCUACGACAUCGUCGCAAUUCAGAAAUCCUAUCUACCUACCUAAUUGGCAUUGCCAAUCUAUCACACUCUGGUCUUCAACCACAUCUUCAUCUUCUAAUAUCUUGCUUUCUUUAGCUAUCUUCUAGGAUCACGCUAUUUUGCCUUCAUCAUGGAAGGCGACCACGCCAGCUAUGGCUCACCAGCCAAUGCUGCUACUCCUGGCAGCAACCCUAUCCUAGCGCAACCACCUCUUCAACCUGAGGCAUCCAGUGCGCCUCAAACAUCUGAAGAUGUGCAAAUGUCCGAGGUUCAUUCCGCCGACCCUGUUAUUAAGCAAGAUAGCACUACUCCUGCUCCUGCUGGUACUUCAGAUAACCCUCUUGAUGCUCCCCCCGCGCCGCCUGCUGAAACUACCCUAGCUAAGGACGACGAAGAAAUGGCCGAGGCUCAGCCCGAACCCCAGGAUGGUCAAUCCCGAGACAAGGAUGGCGAUGAACCAGUUGCUGGUCCCGAAGGCAGCGCCCAGGAAGUCAAGUCCAAGGAAAGCAUCGAGAAUGCUGCGCGCGAACACCUCAUCUCCCAAACCCAUGCCAUUGUACUGCCGAGUUAUAGUACCUGGUUCGACAUGAAUCACAUCCAUCAGAUCGAGCGCAAAGCCCUUCCCGAGUUUUUCAACAGUCGAAACCGUAGCAAGACCUCUGCUGUUUAUAAGGAUUAUCGCGACUUCAUGAUUAAUACCUACCGAUUGAAUCCCGUCGAGUAUCUAACUGUAACUGCCUGCAGAAGGAACUUGGCUGGUGAUGUUUGCGCCAUUAUGCGCGUCCAUGCUUUCUUAGAGCAAUGGGGUUUGAUCAACUAUCAAGUUGAUGCCGAUCAGCGCCCAUCUCAAGUCGGUCCUCCAUUUACGGGUCAUUUUCAAGUCAUUUGCGACACCCCUCGUGGACUUCAACCCUGGCAACCAUCGGCAGACCCCAUUGUGCUUGAGGGUAAAAAGAGUAUUGAUACUGACCAGAAGGCGACUGCAGCAACUGCAGCAGGCGAGCGGAACCUUGAAAUUGGUCGCAAUAUCUAUGAGGCUAAUGCGAAAGGAACAAAGCUUACCAAGUCGGAAAGCAAGACUAAUGGUGAAGCAACCACUACUAAUGGCACAGCCUCGCCAGGAAUUGACGAGAGUCUGACCAAACCCAUCGUUAAAGUCCACUGCCACAACUGCGGUGUCGACUGUACUCGAGUGUACUACCACCUUCCCGAAGUUAACACUCCGAAUAAGGCCAAGUACGAUGUAUGCCCGAGCUGCUACUUGGAAGGUCGCAUACCUCAUUUCCAGGUCAAUACCCAAUUCGUCAAGAUGGAAAACAAGACAUACUCGACCAUUCUUGACCGUGAUGCUCCGUGGACAGACGCCGAGAUCCUUCGAUUGCUGGAAGCCCUAGAAAGAUAUGAUGAUGACUGGGCUGAGAUCGCCGAGCACGUAGGUACACGAACUAGAGAGGAAUGUGUUCUCCAGUUCCUCCAACUAGACAUUGAGGACAAGUAUCUCGAGACAGAAGCACCAAUUCAUGCUCCUACGGGCCUUUCGUUGCUUGGAAAACAUGGCGGACACCUCCCAUUCAGCCAAGCAGAUAACCCUGUGAUGUCCGUUAUUGGAUUCCUUGCCAGCCUUGCGGAUCCCAAGACUACUGCGGCAGCAGCGAAGAAAUCUGUGGAGCAACUCCAACAAGGCCUACGAAACAAGCUCGGAGGUGGUAAUGCGUCAAAGAUUAACGGAAAGGGUAAAGAGAAGGAAGGUGACUCGAUGGAUAUCGAUACCAGCCAAGAGAGCUCGGGCACGACAACAUCUAACUUGGCUAGCAUACCACUUGCUGCCAUGGGCGCGCGUGCCGGUGGCCUAGCUUCCCACGAGGAGCGUGAGAUGACCCGUCUCCUGUCCGCAGCAGUGAACGUUACCCUGCAAAAGAUGGAGUUGAAGUUGAAGUACUUUGACGAGAUGGAGGGUAUUUUACAGGCUGAGCGACGUGAACUCGAGAGAGGCAGACAACAACUCUUCCUCGACCGACUCGCCUUCAAGAAGAGAGUUAGGGAAACCCAAGCAGGCCUCAAGACUGCCGGUGUGAAUGGUGCCGAUAUCAAGCUUGAUGGUAGUGGCCUUACAUUCACCUCGGCUCCGCCAUUGAGCUCCGUUCAGCCCCUUGGUAGUGACGGUAAUAUCAAGAGCUACGAAGCCUAAUCAAUGAUGACGGAUCUCAUGGCGACAAAUAGUGCGACGAGAGUUGGAGGUUUCUAUUCGUAGGCGAACCGGGCACUCUACAGGGAAUUGUAUGGUUUUUGCAAUGUGUCCACUUAGGCGUCAAGGAAUAAUAGGGCUUUUCUCUCUCGAUGUUUUUGAGAAUGAAUGGAGGGGGAAGGGGGGGUUUUCCCGUUUUUAAUUGUUGCUCAGGAACCUUACCUUGCCUUACCCUAGGUAGGUAGGUUUGGUAUCCUACCCUACCUAUUACACACACCUAGGGCGUAGGUAUGUCUCAAACUUCAAACCUUCAACACAGACAAAGUCGAAACGAGACGAGUUUAGGUGGUGGGGGCUACCGCUGUAUCACCACAAAUAGUUACGUUAGGUAUGGAUGAAUAGGAGACCCCCAAUAUGAAGAUAGGGUAAAAAUGAAAAAAAAAAUGAAAGAAGGGUUUGAAACUUGC